GCAAUUUAAUGCUACUCUGCUGCUGGAGGCUGCAAUCAUCAUCACUGACUUUGCUGCAGCUGAGAGAGACUGAUAGAGAACCUUACUGAUCCCAUCUACCAAAUACUUUCAACUAACACACAAAAAUGUCUUCGAAAUUUUACGUCGAGAGCGAGAAGGUCCAAUACAAUGAGACAAAGCAGACCAUACUCUCAACUUAUGAGUACCAGUCUUCCCACGUGGAGACCGAUGGAGAGAGAUUCCGUGUAAAACCAGUCAAUACUAAUCUUACCUUUCGUACCAGUGCUCGAGUCCCUAGGGUUGGGGUCAUGCUUGUUGGCUGGGGAGGGAAUAAUGGGUCCACAAUCACUGCUUCUGUCCUUGCCAACAAGCUUGGCAUCUCAUGGAGGACUAAAGAUGGUGUGAAGACUGCUAAUUAUUUCGGUUCCAUAACUCAGUCCUCAACCACUAGUCUGGGGAUAGGUCCAGAUGGUAAAGAUGUCUACGUUCCUUUGAAGGACCUCCUUCCAAUGCUCUCACCCAAUGACAUGGAGUUUGAUGGUUGGGAUAUUUCUUCAGUCAAUAUAGCUGAUGCUUGUUCCAGAGCUAAAGUCCUGGAUAUCAGUAUUCAAGAUCAGCUGAGACCUUAUCUUGAGAAGUUAAAGCCACGUCCGUCCAUCUAUUGCCCUGACUUCAUCGCAGCCAAUCAGAGCGAUCGUGCUGACAAUGUCUUGUCUGGUACGAAAUGGGAGAUGGUGACCAAGAUAAGAGAAGACAUUAAGGAUUUCAAACAAAAGAAGAACCUUGACAAAGUCAUCAUCUUGUGGACGGCUAACACCGAAAGGUUCUGUGAUGUUGCUGCUGGUCUUAAUGAUACUGCGGACAACCUUCUGGAGAGCAUAAAGAGGAAUGAGGCUGAGGUCUCAUCAUCAACACUCUUUGCUGUUGCUAGCAUUUUAGAAGGAUGUACAUAUAUCAAUGGUUCUCCUCAGAAUACCUUUGUUCCAGGCUGUAUUGAGCUAGCAGAAAGACACGGGGUCUUUCUUGGAGGAGAUGACUUCAAGAGUGGACAGACAAAGAUAAAAUCAGUUCUGGUUGACUUCCUUGUGUCUGCUGGUCUGAAACCAACGUCUAUUGUCAGUUACAAUCACCUUGGUAACAAUGACGGGAAGAACCUUUCAGCCCCAAAGCAGUUCAGGAGCAAAGAGAUAUCAAAGAGCAACGUUGUGGAUGACAUGGUGGAAUCAAAUGAUGUACUUUACUCACCAAAUGAGAAACCAGAUCACACUGUUGUCAUCAAGUAUGUUCCAUAUGUUGCUGACUCCAAGAGAGCAAUGGAUGAGUAUACCUCUGAGAUAUUCAUGGGAGGACAUAACACAAUCGUCCUUCACAACACUUGUGAGGACUCCCUCCUAGCAGCACCACUCAUCAUUGAUCUCGUUAUCAUUGCUGAGCUCUGUGAAAGGAUUCAAGUUAAGACUAUUGAUGGGGAUUACGAGCAGUUCCAUUCGGUCCUUUCUAUUCUCUCGUAUCUAUUAAAGGCUCCAAUGGUACCUCCUGGCACACCUGUCGUCAAUGCAUUAUUCCGCCAAAGAGCUUGCAUUGAGAACAUAUUCAGGUGAGCAAGAAGUCAUUGUUAGAUG